AUGCCGGAUGCGCCACCAGUCAAACCCAUUCGGCGCUUUGCUCCCAUUCCAAUUGAAACGACCUUCGACUCUUAUAGGGUGAACAACAAUAGCAUUCGUAGAAAGAAUCCCGUCGGCCCAACCGCUGAAUUGACACCGGACCCUUCGCCGACAUCCCCAUACGCACCGUCAUUUUUAGGAGACAAACGUGACCAAAGACAAUUGGAACAAUCGCAGAAGAAACCAAAGAGGAAGUUUGCCCCGCAGUUGAUUGAGACGACAAGAAGAUCCAAAAAGGCCGAUCAACCAGGGCCCGCAACUAAACCUAUAGAUAAGACGGAUAUUACUCCUGGCACGAAUCACAUCUAUGCUCCGAAAUCCAAGCGAAAAGCAGCACCUCGGCCUGCCGUUACCGGCGUGCCGCAUGCUACCGGUGAAGGUGACGGCUACUUAACCCCACGCCGACAACAGUCUAUGAAACCGCAUCCAAACACCCGAAGGGGCACGCGACAAUCAUACACUCCCGAACUUGACACAAUACUAUCAUCCGAGUCAGAUAAGUCUUCCGAGGAAAAUGACGAUGACGAGGAUGCACCAGUCCUCAAUAUCGGAGUCCCGGCUCUGUCUAAUGGCAUUCCCACGGAACAGGACGAUGAGAAUGAGGAUGAGGAUGAUGUCGUCGGUGGUGAUUCGUGGAGUAGCAGACACCAUGAGCUCCGCAAUAGGAGAGAGUCGUGCGACGAGGAGUUCUCGGGUUAUCUGUUAGCGGUAGCCGCUAGGGAAGCGCACAGGCAGCGUGAGCUCGAAGCGGCUAUGGCUGCAUUCCCCAACGGCGUGCGACCCGAGGGUGUGGAACAUUUCCUCGUCAGAGAUAAUUCCGAGGAUGAUGACCCUUUAGCUUUGGACGAAAGAUUGAGGCACGGAACAUCACGGCUUCUACGACGUAAGGAGUCGGAGCCGGGUUGGGCAAUUAAGGAAAUGAGAGCCCAUGCCGAAAAGCUAGCUCGAGCAAGGCAGGAGAGUAUGAGUAUUGACGAAUUGGACCAUAUUGAUAUAGCGCCACCUCCGGCAGACCCGUUAUGGACGACAUCCGCGUUCCGGACAUCUCUCGACGAAGAUAUGAGAGAUGCUCCGAGUCCAAUAAUCAGCGCGCCUUCGCCGGCCCUACUAGCCAGGAUAGACUCGCAACCUCGUGCACCCUCUCCUGCGCCCCCGCCGGAACCUGGUCUCCGUGCAAGUCCGUUUGGAAUUCCUUUUGCUUUCCGUAACAACGAACCCGAAGAUCCCCAGAUGCGGAAAAUGCGCAUGGCUGCCUCGCCACCCAUGCUCGGCAGUAAUCUACAAUUCCGCCUAUGCCCCAGCCCAAAACAGACACGUAUGGAGCCCAGCCAUCAGUACUGUACCCUUGAAAAGUCUGAACAGCGGCGAGAUCUUACAGGGGCCACGGGGUUAUGGCGUGGAUAUUGUUCUGCUAAGGCCAAUAACGUUGUAGAGACACACCCAGGACCUAAUCUCCUCAUGACGCCGCCGGAACCAAAUUCUCCACAGGACCCGUUCUCUGCUGCGUUCACCGCAUCCAUGAGUAUAGGCGGUGUCAUAAGCGGUGCGCAAUCGCCAGGAGCUACAUCCCCGACAAUCCUUGGCCAACAAAGGAGCUUUCAUAUACUCUCUGGACUAGACGAGCGACUGAAGAAGGAGAAGGCGCGCAAGGAAUUCGAGGAGCGAAUCGCGGCUGAAUUUGAUGAUGCUUUUGUUACGCAGGUUUACAAUUAUCUUAGUCUUGGAUAUCCCGCUACCGCGCGCGCCUUUGAUGGCGAACUGAGCAAGAUCAGCGGCAUUGACAUUGAGGAGCUGCGCAAGGAUGAUCACAUAAAAAUUGAUAAGGGUUUUAUGCUGCAAAUGGAGAUGGGCAUGCCCAAGGGCAAGUCAAUGACUGACCUAGACGGCGGUGAGGAGACAGUACUACGUACUCCUGAAGAAGAUGAGAGGAGGUCCCGCAGAAGACCGAAGCCGCCUCGGUGGAUUGCCUUAAAACUUUACAUAAAAGAGUGGGCGCGCCAACACCCCGUUCUUAAUGACUCUGGAACUGGUGAAAUGGCUUGGGGUGUUCGGGCUCGGAGAGGAAGCUGGGCCAUAUGA